AUGGGUAUUCUCGGACUGUCAAAGCUCAUUGCGGACCUUGUGCCGACUGCCAUCAAGGAGAAUGAGAUCAAGAACUACUUUGGCAGGAAAGUCGCUAUUGAUGCUUCCAUGUGUCUCUACCAAUUCCUUAUUGCCGUCCGCAGUGAUGGAGUUCAGCUGACCACCGUUGAUGGUGAAACGACAUCGCACUUGAUGGGAAUCUUUUACCGAACAAUCCGUCUUCUGGACAAUGGCAUCAAGCCGGUGUAUGUUUUCGACGGAAAGCCGCCCCAGCUUAAGGGAGGCGAGCUGCAGAAGCGCGCUGAGCGCAGGGAAGAGGCACAGAAGCAACUGGAUAAGGCGACAGAAGCUGGCGAUCAGGAGGCAGUGGAGAAGUUCAACCGACGCCUGGUGAAGGUCACGAAGGAGCACUCGAAUGAGGCUAAAGAGCUCCUGAAGCUCAUGGGGGUGCCCUUUAUUGAUGCCCCGUGCGAAGCGGAAGCCCAGUGCGCCGCUAUGGUGAAGUCAGGAAAGGUCUUCGCCACUGCCACUGAAGAUAUGGACGCUUUGACCUUUGGCUCCAGCAUUUUGCUGCGCCACUUGACGUCCAGCGAGGCCAGGAAGCUACCCGUGCAGGAGAUCAGCUACCAGAGGAUGCUGCACGGUCUGGAGUUUAGUGUGGAUCAGUUCAUAGAUCUCUGCAUUCUCCUGGGAUGCGAUUACUGCGAGAGCAUCAAGGGCGUCGGGCCCAAGAGGGCCAUUGAGCUGAUCAAGGAGCACAAGAGCAUCGAAGGCAUCCUGGAGAAGAUCGACAAGAAGAAGUACUCAGUGCCAGAGGAGUGGAACUACGCUCAAGCGCGUCAGCUGUUCAAGGAGCCCGAAGUGCAGGAUCCGCAGACCGUCGAGAUGAAGUGGACAGAUCCCGAUGAGGAGGGCAUCGUGCAGUUCCUCUGCGGCCAUCGGCAGUUCAACGAGGAGCGCAUCCGAUCGGGCAUCCAGAAGAUGAAGAAGUCCAAGGCGAUGGGCACUCAGGGACGUCUGGACAGCUUCUUCAAGGUUCUGCCCACAACGUAUGCGGCCAAGCGCAAGGCUGAGGAGCCCAAGAAGGGCGAUUCCGCCAAGAAAAGCAAGAAGCCCGCCGCAAAGGCUGGCAAGAAGAAGUAAAUUGUCGUGUUAUCAAA